UGUUGCGGUUGCGCAGUAGAGACCCACUCUAACCAGACGAUGGGCGGGUUCCAGGGAGGGCAGUCUCGAGUCAAAUCGGUUUUCGUUUACUUGGUCGCUCCUCCUCUCUCCAUCGUUUCUAGCAAGCUAGCUAGAUAACUAGGAGAGCUACCUUGAAGUUUGGAGACUCAAAGUGGAUAAGGGGGAAACAGGCUGACGGAAAAUGGCAGACGUCGAGGGAGAGGGAAUUAAUUCGGUGGCACCUCCGUUAGUUCAGCCAUCCUCUCCUAACUGCUCCGGUGUCAGCCUAACGCAGGGCACCGGCAGUUGCCAAACGGUGACUACCGUUACGUCAGGCCCGCGACUGGUGCGGAUAGUCAAGUCUGACUCGGGAUAUGGCUUCAAUGUCCGGGGACAGGUUAGCGAAGGAGGACAACUACGGAGCAUCAACGGGGAAUUGUAUGCCCCGCUACAGCAUGUUAGUGCUGUUUUACCGGGAGGUGCAGCGGACAGAGCCGGUAUCUCGAAAGGGGACCGGAUUCUAGAAGUUAAUAGUGUGAACGUGGAGGGGGCGACCCAUAAGCAGGUGGUGGAUCUGAUCCGUGCGGGGGAGAGGGAGCUGAUGCUGGCCGUGCUGUCUGUACCUCCCCAGGAGGCUGACUGUCUGGACCCUGGAGACGACGGCUCAGCCCAGUCCUGCUACGACUACAGUGACAAACAGGCCGUCCCCAUCUCCGUCCCCACAUACAAACACGCUGAACUCAACCAGGAGAGGUUUGUGGUGUAUAAUGUGUACAUGGCAGGCAGACAGCUGUGCUCUAAGAGGUACAGGGAGUUUGCUAUCCUCAACCAGAACCUGAAGAGAGAGUUUGCCAACUACACCUUCCCCAAAAUACCUGGCAAAUGGCCCUUUUCCCUGUCUGAACAACAACUCGACGCUAGACGCAGGGGACUGGAGGAAUACCUGGAGAAAGUGUGUUCAGUGAGGGUGAUUGGGGAGAGUGAAGUCAUGCAGGAGUUUCUAUCUGAUGAGUCUGAUGAGAACUAUAACGGCGUAUCAGAUGUGGAGUUGAGGAUAGCCAUGCCUGAUAAAACCACCGUCACAGUCCGAGUCCGCAAGAACUGUACAACUGACCAGGUCUACCAGGCAGUGGUCAUGACAGUAGGAAUGGACAGCAUAACGGCCAGCUACUUUGCUCUGUUUGAGGUCAUCAACCACUCCUUUGUGCGUAAACUGGCUCCUAAUGAGUUCCCCCACAAGCUGUAUGUUCAGAACUACACGUCUGCUGUCCCUGGGACCUGCCUCACCCUGCGCAAGUGGCUCUUCACCACUGAGGAGGAGAUCCUGCUCAAUGACAACCAACUGGCCGUCAGCUACUGCUUCCACCAGGCGGUGGAUGAUGUGAAAAGGGGAUUUAUCAAGGCAGAGGAGAAGUCCUACCAGCUACAGAAAUUAGCAGAACAGAAGAAGAUGGCCAUGUAUCUCAGUAUGUUACGGGGCUGUGAAGGCUACAAUGAGAUCAUCUUCCCACACUGCUCCUGUGACUCCCGACGCAAAGGCCACGUUGUCACAGCCAUCAGCAUACACCACUUUAAACUGCACGCCUGCACAGAGGAGGGAACGCUAGAGAACCAGGUGAUCGUGUUUGAGUGGGUGGAGAUGCAGCACUGGGACACUGAUGAGGAGGGCAUGGCCUUCUGCUUCCAGUACGCCAGGGCAGAGAAGAAACCUCGCUGGGUCAAGAUCUUUACUCCCUACUUCAACUACCUGCAUGAGUGCGUUGAGAGAGUCUUCUGUGAACUCAAGUGGAGGAAAGAGGUGGAAGAGGAGGCUGUGGAUAAGGACAAUAAGAACUGCAGUAAAGAAGAAUAUCUUCCAGCUGUUGAGACACAGAAGGGAUGGAGGCACCUAGGAGGAGAGAUCAUCACCUCAUAAAUAUGCUCUCCUUCAUCCGUCCCUCUGGUCUGGUUCGGCCCGGAACUACCACCACUACCUGUCCUCGCACAACUACUACUACACCAACUACAAACCAACAAACUACAACUUCUACAUACCAAUAACAGCAACUACAGAUCAACAACCACCACACACCAUCAAACUACAAAUGAACAACUUCUGGACUGACUGAAGGAGAAACAAUGACGCACACUACAACUUAAGCUGUUAUUCACCAUGAACCCUUGAAUACACCCCAAGCACACAAUAUAAACACAAGCCAACAGGAAGCUACAGUAGAAACAUAUAGCAGGUUUGUACAGGUGAAUAAGUAACUCUAAAGACUUAGAUACAUGCCUUCAUACAUCGCAUCACCUCGUUGGUCAAAACUCCAUGGAGACCUGUGACUAUUGGCUAAGGAGGCUAACAUCUUGUGGUGGGAUUGGAUGAAGGAGAUGGUUCUCUGGGACGAUAUUGGACAAGGGAUUUGAAACGUGCAAGGCCAUCGGGUGUUUUGUGGCCACUUUGGAGUGCUCUGGAAUGGAACACAGUGCAGUGGAAGAAGAGAACAAAAGAGGGAUACAGAUGAUGGAACAGAACCUGUUAUAAAAGAGGAAAUGGCUGGUGGUGAUGGAACAGAACCUGUUCUAAAAGAGGAAAUGGCUGGUGGUGAUGGAACAGAACCUGUUCUAAAAGAGGAAAUGGCUGGUGGUGAUGGAACAGAACCUGUUCUAAAAGAGGAAAUGGCUGGUGGUGAUGGAACAGAACCUUUUCUAAAAGAGGAAAUGGCUGGUGGUGAUGGAACAGAACCUGUUCUAAAAGAGGAAAUGGCUGGUGGUGAUGAAACAGAACCUGUUCUAAAAGAGGAAACGGCUGGUGGUGUUGCAACAGAACCUUUUCUAAUAGAGGAAACGGCUGGUGGUGAUAGAACAGAACCUGUUCUAAAAGAGGAAACGGCUGGUGUUGGAACAGAACCUUUUCUAAUAGAGGAAACGGCUGGUGGUGAUGGAACAGAACCUGUUCUAAAAGAGGAAACGGCUAGUAAUGAUGGAACAGAACCUGUUCUAAAAGAGGAAACGGCCUGUAGUGAUGGACUGAGGAGACUCAUCUGAAAAGUUCACAGGAAGUGUGUGUGUGUGUGUGUGUGUGUGUGUGUGUGUGUGUGUGUGUGUGGACUGAUUAUGGACAGCUGUGAGAGUCUAGGUUGGAACCCUGGAGGUAGAAACAACCCUUCUCUCUGACUCUGAACUGAACUCCCAGAAUGAGUCUCGACAGACAGACGGAGGGAACCGGCCACAUGAUACAAGAGACUGGACUCAUAUGAACCACACAGACCGAUUGACAUAUGGAUAUUAUCUCCUGUUUGUAGCCACUAUCUCCAUUUCAAAGAGAUCUACUGAAGAGACUAUUACAGACACAGAGAGAGAGACACCAUACACUUCCUUUAUUUGUGACUAUUGGGCCGAGCAGAACCAAGGGUAGCAUGUGUGUUUCAGCUGCUGGUUCUGUUUCGGUUUACAGAUGCUGAAAUUGCCCUGAAGCCAUUUUUGAAUACACAAACCUUCUCAUUAAAACAGACACACACACACAGAAUGCUCAUCAUGUAGGAAUUGGAUCCCAGGAAAGUAUUCUGCCAUUUUGACAGAUACCUGAACAAGGAACAUGUUUACUUCACCUGUGUGUUUUGUGUACCUCCUAAAGAUAUAUAAAUAUCAUUUUUAAUGUGGACAUUUCAGACAUUGGACCGAAUAGCACAAAAAGAACCCUGUAAGAUGUUGACCACGUUAAGCUCAAUAUGUAUUCAUUCUAUGCUAAGUUUUCUGUUCUGCUGAUGCCUAACUGUGGGUUCAUAACACUGAACUCAGAAGUGCAUCUCGAUUUACAUGUUUUGUGUCUUUCUGUUCUUGAGAAAAGGUGUGAUGCUUUAGAAACACACUGUGAUUGUCAGUCUGUAGGAUAUGUCUAUGGUGUUGGUUUAGGUGAGUCUUUGGUUCAAUUGAUAUAUUGGUCCUUGUGUAUCUGAAGCUGCAGUACUCAGAACGACCUGCAGGGGUCUCCCUCCCACUGAAAAACACUAGAUCAGUUCCUAUAGAACAGGGCUGGCCAGUAUUCUAACAGAGGGCCCGUGGGUGCAGGCUUUUGCCCCAGCCAAGCAGUAACACACCUGAUUCAAUAUCUGGUGGAUGUUAUCAUUGGAUGCUGAUGCAACACCACACACAUCUUUAAAUGCAGUGUUAACCUACAUCAGAGUUUCCCAGUGGUGUAGUAGGAGCUACACGGAGGUAUACACCCUAAACCCCACAGAGGUUUAUACAGUGGUGCAGUAGGUAUACGCCCUAAACCCCACAGAGGUUUAAACAGUGGUGUAGUAGGAGCUACACGGAGGUAUACGCCCUAAACCCCACAGAGGUUUAUACAGUGGUGCAGUAGGUAUACGCCCUAAACCCCACAGAGGUUUAAACAGUGGUGUAGUAGGAGCUACAUGGAGGUAUACACCCUAAACCCCACAGAGGUUUAAACAGUGGUGUAGUAGGAACUACACAGAGGUAUACGCUCUAAACCCCACAGAGGUUUAAACAGUGGUGUAGUAGGUAUACGCCCUAAACCCCACAGAGGUUUAAACAGUGGUGUAGUAGGAGCUACAUGGAGGUAUACGCCCUAAACCCCACAGAGGUUUAUACAGUGGUGCAGUAGGUAUACGCCCUAAACCCCACAGAGGUUUAAACAGUGGUGUAGUAGGAGCUACACGGAGGUAUACGCCCUAAACCCCACAGAGGUUUAAACAGUGGUGCAGUAGGAGCUACACUGAGGUAUACGCCCUAAACCCCACAGAGGUUUAAACAGUGGUGUAGUAGGAGCUACACGGAGGUAUACGCCCUAAACCCCACAGAGGUUUAAACAGUGGUGUAGUAGGAGCUACACUGAGGUAUACGCCCUAAACCCCACAGAGGUUUAAACAGUGGUGUAGUAGGAGCUACACGGAGGUAUACGCCCUAAACCCCACAGAGGUUUAUACAGUGGUGGAGUAGGUAUACGCCCUAAACCCCACAGAGGUUUAAACAGUGGUGUAGUAGGAGCUACACGGAGGUAUGCGCCCUAAACCCCACAGAGGUUUAAACAGUGGUGUAGUAGGUAUACGCCCUAAACCCCACAGAGGUUUAAACAGUGGUGUAGUAGGAGCUACAUGGAGGUAUACACCCUAAACCCCACAGAGGUUUAAACAGUGGUGUAGUAGGAACUACACAGAGGUAUACGCUCUAAACCCCACAGAGGUUUAAACAGUGGUGUAGUAGGUAUACGCCCUAAACCCCACAGAGGUUUAAACAGUGGUGUAGUAGGAGCUACACUGAGGUAUACGCCCUAAACCCCACAGAGGUUUAAACAGUGGUGUAGUAGGAGCUACACGGAGGUAUACGCCCUAAACCCCACAGAGGUUUAUACAGUGGUGGAGUAGGUAUACGCCCUAAACCCCACAGAGGUUUAAACAGUGGUGUAGUAGGAGCUACACGGAGGUAUGCGCCCUAAACCCCACAGAGGUUUAAACAGUGGUGUAGUAGGAGCUACACGGAGGUAUACACCCUAAACCCCACAGAGGUUUAUACAGUGGUGUAGUAGGUAUACGCCCUAAACCCCACAGAGGUUUAUACAGUGGUGUAGUAGGUAUACGCCCUAAACCCCACAGAGGUUUAUACAGUGGUGUAGUAGGUAUACGCCCUAAACCCCACAGAGGUUUAUACAGUGGUGGAGUAGGUAUACGCCCUAAACCCCACAGAGGUUUAAACAGUGGUGUAGUAGGAGCUACACGGAGGUAUGCGCCCUAAACCCCACAGAGGUUUAAACAGUGGUGUAGUAGGAGCUACACGGAGGUAUACACCCUAAACCCCACAGAGGUUUAUACAGUGGUGUAGUAGGUAUACGCCCUAAACCCCACAGAGGUUUAUACAGUGGUGUAGUAGGUAUACGCCCUAAACCCCACAGAGGUUUAUACAGUGGUGUAGUAGGUAUACGCCCUAAACCCCACAGAGGUUUAUACAGUGGUGUAGUAGGUAUACGCCCUAAACCCCACAGAGGUUUAAACAGUGGUGCAGUAGGAGCUACACGGAGGUCCUUCUGUAGCUCAGUUGGUAGAGCAUGGCGCUUGUAACGCCAGGGUAGUGGGUUCGAUCCCCGGGACCACCCACACAUAGAAUGUAUGCACACAUGACUGUAAGUCGCUUUGGAUAAAAGCGUCUGCUAAAUGGCAUAUAUUAUUAUAUAUUAGGUAUACGCUCUAAACCCCACAGAGGUUUAAACAGUGGUGUAGUAGGAGCUACACGGAGGUAUACGCUCUAAACCCCACAGAGGUUUAUACAGUGGUGUAGUAGGUAUACGCCCUAAACCCCACAGAGGUUUAAACAGUGGUGCAGUAGGAGCUACACGGAGGUAUACGCUCUAAACCCCACAGAGGUUUAAACAGUGGUGUAGUAGGUAUACGCCCUAAACCCCACAGAGGUUUAAACAGUGGUGCAGUAGGAGCUACACGGAGGUAUACGCUCUAAACCCCACAGAGGUUUAAACAGUGGUGUAGUAGGAGCUACACGGAGGUAUACGCCCUAAACCCCACAGAGGUUUAAACAGUGGUGUAGUAGGUAUACGCCCUAAACCCCACAGAGGUUUAAACAGUGGUGUAGUAGGUAUACGCCCUAAACCCCACAGAGGUUUAAAUAAAGGUUCAGUAAAAUAAAUAUGCACAAAACCGACUUUUGUUCAGUGGACAUUGGGUAUAGUUACUUCUUAAUUCCCACUGAUCUGUAUCCAAGUAGUGUAGUGGUGGUAUAAACGGUAUCAAGUAUGUGGUACAAUAGAGAAAGUAGCCUACACAAUCGUAAAGCACGUGUAAUAUAUUCACAUGCGCUGCCACGUUUCAGCUGAAUAUCAUAGCAGUAAGAGCCGCAGCUGGUUGUCCCAUGGAGCAGCUCACAGCUGGUCGGGUAGGUAGGACUUGCCUAGUUAAAUAAAGGAAUAAUGAAUCAAAUCAAGAAACGAUGGGUAAGCAAACGAGUUCCUGAAACAGUUUGGUCCAAAGUCUUGGUUGAAUCUUUGCAGUGCUCAAUUCAGUCAUCAUGUGCUGUUUUGAAUGAACAUUUCCAAAUGCUUUCCCAAGGAAAACGUCCUAAUUAAAGCUGCAAUAUGUAAAUUUGGUCGACCCAAGUUCAUAGAGGUUGAGAAUAUACAAAGACUGUAUAAUUACUUAUUGUUUUGUCACAAACUGAAAUUAGGCAAACUUAGAAUUUUAGCAACCAGGAAAUGGCAGAGCUAUUUCUGUAUAGUGCAUCUUUAAAUGUUUACUGCAAAUUAGGCAUACAUGAUAAUUAUGAUUUGUAUCAAUCUGGAGGGCAUUUCUUUUGAAAACUCUGCAAUCACAUGUACUCUACUGUAGGCCUACAUUGUAGAGUACAGACACUGCGAGCCACAUGGUAUUUUGCUUAAUUAUUUUAAAGGGCAACUAGACCCUCCCAAAAAUAGUAUUUGAGAUUUUUCCCAGAUCUCAAAAAUGGUCUCCUUGUGCGGUAUAAGUAUUAAUGUGGGCUUAACAUGCAUUUGUUGUUUUUCUAUGAAAGAUUUUUCUGGCAAAAUGGUGUACUCACUUCUCAUUUAGUAAUUUAACUUAUUGACUUAUUGUAAUGAAUUGUAACAUUAUUUUAAAUGAACUGAUUUAUUAAUGCAAAACA